UUCUGCACGUGACUCACCACCUCACUCUACUGAUCUCCUCUCUCCCCUCCCAAUUCUCUCUCCCUCUCUCACCCUCUCUGAAAAGGAAAAGCCCAUCGCUUUCCUCAGCGAUCAAUUAUAUCAAUCAAACCUCCGUCAUCUUCUUUUCCUGGUUUACAUCAAUCUCUCUCUCUCUCUCUCUGUAUUUCCAUAUACACACACAUUUUUAUGUAGGUAUAUUUGUCGGUAGAUAUUUUCGGCGCUUCGUCAUAGGAAGGUGGGGAUGAGGAUUUGGAUGCGGAUUGUUUGACAUUCGAAUGUUGGUGUAUAAUGAAGGAGACUCGGAUUCAAAUGCUCGGAUCUGCUGGUGUCUGUGUUCUGCAGGUUCUAUGGCCUCCAGCUUUAAGAAUUCAGAGCUAUUAGAGUGUGCAAUCCAAUGUUUCUUUUGUCUAAGGAUUUUUCUUAGAUUGAAAGCGUCUUUUAUGGGGUAAAACGUGGGGCGAAAUGGUUUUACAUUCCAAAUAUUUAAAGACAUGGAGGAGACAAGAGAUGAUGCAUGGCCAGCAGAGCAAGGGCCUUCAAAUGCUUCAUGGUGGCCUUCAGAUUUUAUGGAAAAGCUUGGAUCAGUUUCUUUGGGUUCUCCAGAAGAGACCUUAAGUAAUAAAGAAUCGCCUAUAAGUUCCGAGGAAGAUAGGUUGUCACCUCAGAGAGCAUCUCAAAUUCUCUGGCGCACGGGAAUACUUUCUCAACAGAUUCCAAAUGGUUUCUAUUCUGUCGUUCCAGAGAAAAGGCUGAAGGAGCUUUUUGAUGCCAUCCCUACUCUGGAUGAGCUCCACGCUUUGGGGGGAGAGGGUUUUAAAGCUGAGAUCAUUCUUGUAGAUAGCGACAAAGAUAGAAAGCUAUCUCUGCUGAAGCAUCUGAUUGUGACACUGGUGAAAGGGCUGAAUUCAAAUCCACCUGCAAUGAUAAAAAAGAUAUCCGGAUUGGUGGCUGAUGUUUAUGAACGACCAAAUUUGGAAAGUCCAGCAAAAGCUGCACUAGAAGAAACCUCUCACAUGUUUGAGAAUCGAGGCAUUCAGAUGCUGGGGCAAAUAAAGCAAGGUUCAUGCCGUCCUAGAGCAAUCUUAUUUAAAGUUCUAGCAGAUACUGUAGGUCUCGAAAGUAGGCUUAUGGUGGGUUUGCCAAAUGAAGGGAUUGUUGAGUAUGCAGAUUCCUAUAAGCAUAUGUCUGUUAUAGUUGUGCUGAAUUCUGUGGAACUAUUGGUUGAUCUUAUGCGGUUUCCUGGGAAGCUGAUACCACGAUCUACCAAGGCAAUUUUUAUGACCCAUAUAUCUGCAACAGGGGAGAGUGAUUCAGCAGAAAACGACUCCUGUGAUUCACCACUUGAACCAAAUAGUCCACUUUAUGUUUCAGAGAGAGUAGAUCCUGACAGUGCUGAAAAAGAGGACAGCCUUCUGUUCCAUCGGAAAUUUGAAGCAUCGUCAAAUGUAACUGGUCCUUCAUUGAGAAAUAUGAUUUUGCGAUCAAAUAAGUCUAUUGAGAGUACAUUGAGUUUGUCGCAUAGUGAACCCAACAUUGCGAAUGCAUUUUGCCGACGCAGCCGCCGAAAGGCCAUUGCUGAACAGCGAACUGCUAGUUCCAGUCCCGAGCAUCCUUCAUUUCGAGCACGUGGACGGUCUAUGCUUAGUGGUGAUAGAAAAUUAUUUAGAGAUUAUGCUGAUGACAUGGCUUCAUCAAGGUCAGAUGGUGCGUCAACAUCAGAAACUCGUAGGAUAAGAAGAAGAAGUAUUAGCAUUACUCCAGAGAUUGGUGAUGAUAUCGUAAGGGCUGUACGUGCAAUGAAUGAAACAUUGAAGCAAAAUCGUCUCUUGAGAGAGCAAGGCGAUGACAAGUCAUUCUCCCCUUCUUCAAGUGACAGAAAUUCAGAUCUUCUGAAAAAUGUCGCUAGUUUCCAUCGUGAUGGUCAUCGUGACAUAUCUAGUGAAAGGUCUGCUCUAUUUUCACUUCCCCUGGAUCAGAUAAGUUCUCAAGGGGCAGUCUCGUUGCCCUCAUCGCCAAAUGAAUAUAGGAGACAAACUUCUGAGAGAAGUGAGCAUCCAGAAUAUGGUGGAAACGAUGAAUUGGUCUCAGCAUGGAAUAAAGUUCUUGAUUCUCCCAUGUUUCAAAAUAAACCUCUCUUACCUUUCGAAGAAUGGAAUAUUGAUUUUUCCGAAUUGACUGUUGGAACGCGUGUUGGGAUAGGUUUCUUUGGAGAAGUUUUUCGUGGCAUAUGGAAUGGAACUGAGGUCGCAAUUAAGGUUUUCCUAGAGCAAGAUCUAACUGCUGAAAACAUGGAAGACUUCUGCAAUGAGAUAUCCAUUCUCAGCCGUCUUCGACAUCCUAAUGUUAUUUUAUUUCUUGGUGCAUGCAUGAAGCCUCCACGGUUGUCAAUGGUUACUGAAUACAUGGAAUUGGGUUCCUUGUAUUAUUUGAUUCACUUGAGCGGUCAGAAGAAGAAGCUUAGUUGGCGGAGGAGAUUAAAAAUGUUGCGUGAUAUCUGCAGGGCUUUGAUGUGCAUACAUAGGAUGAAGAUUGUUCAUCGUGAUAUAAAGAGUGCAAACUGCCUUGUGAAUAAGAAUUGGACUGUCAAGAUCUGUGAUUUCGGGCUCUCAAGGAUUGUAACAGAAUCACCAAUGAAAGAUGCUUCAUCUGCAGGAACUCCAGAAUGGAUGGCACCCGAACUUAUUCGAAACGAAUCCUUCACCGAAAAAUGUGAUAUUUUUAGCCUGGGAGUGGUGAUGUGGGAGCUCUGCACUCUAAGUAGGCCGUGGGAAGGCGUACCACCAGAGAGGGUUGUGUAUUCUGUUGCUAACGAGGGUUCCCGACUGGAUAUCCCUGAAGGUCCACUUGGCAGGCUUAUUUCAGAUUGUUGGGCGGAACCGCAAGAGCGGCCAAGUUGUGAGGAAAUACUUUCCCGCUUGCCCAACUGCGACUACUCGCUCUGCUGAUACAACCUGUUUGCUCGUGUACAGGAAGAGAG